AAGAGAGGGACAUCUUGAAGUGGUCAAGCUAUUGCUUGACAGAGGCGCAGACGCCUCUGUCGGUAAUAAACGUGGAUGGACACCGCUUCACUCAGCAUCAAGCAUGGGCUGUCUUGACGUGGUUGAGCUACUGCUCGAGAAAGGUGCAAAGUCUAUUGCUAACAAGGAUGGGUCCACGCCACUCAACAUAGCGGCAAGCUACGGUCAGCUUAAGGUGGUUGAGCUGUUGCUGAAUAAAGGAGCGGACUUGUCACUCGCAAACAACAACGGUCGCACUCCAUUAAGCUCAGCGUCAUUCCAUGGCCAUGUCGAAGUGGCCAAGUUGUUGCUUGAAAAAGGCGCAUACAAUGCAUCCAGUGGAUUAGAACCACACUAUGGAACCAUUGCAAAUAUGCUCGCUCUUAAAGGCUACACGGAUCUUCUGCGCUUCAUUGUUGAGCACAGCAACGCCAGCAUGAAUGAAGCAGACAAUCACAACCGGAACCCUUUACAGUUUGCCGCAAGUGGUGGGCACAUAGAUUCCUUCCAGUACCUUGUAAGCAAAGGACUUCAAUUCACCACAUUAGAUGCGAAAGGGGACAAUUUGAUUAGUCUUGCCGCGUCUGGAGGUUCUCUGGAUAUUCUUACCGUGGUUCUGGAGCAAAAGCUCGAUGCUGUUGCUCGACCCGAGCAUUGGAACCCUCUCCAUUGGGCUUGCAGAGCGGGAAAAGUCAAGGUUGUGGAACUGCUAAUUGCUCAGGGGUGGAAAAGCGACAUCGUUACUGUUGCUGGGUUGCAAGGAGAAUGGACACCUCUCGCCGUCGCGAUCUUCCAUGGAAAUAAUGAUAUGCUAGACGGCUUGUCUGAGUCUAGCCGAGCUGCGCUUGGUGCUCAAAAUGAGAAGCCCUACCUUACAGGCAAACGACACGGCGGUUGUUCCUGUAAUGGAUGCUACCAUGAAAUUUAUGGACCACGUUUCCAAUGUAUGGUCUGCAAAUUUCAGGAUUAUUGCUUCAUGUGCAAGCCGUUCUUGCAGCAUUUGCACAAAGGCCACAAGUGGAAACUCUUUGAGUCUUGGGAUCCCUCGAAGACCUAUGGCGAGCAAAGACUAUAGAUGCAUUCCAUUGGUCUAGUUUUGACAAUUGUAUAUGAACGCUUGAGUGGCCCUUGUUAAUUCUUUCCAACCGACCGGGUCCUCGGCUCAUGACUGCAGUGUAUGACCCUACCGUCGUGGUCCCACUCCAUCGCGCAAAUCAAACCCGGACCUUGUCUUUACGUUUUGGGUAGGCUUUCCAGCGCAUCAGUCAUUGAGCGUUUAUUUUAGCAUGUUAUAUGUAAAAGCAGCACGCCUAGAGCUUUUUGUCUGCCGUCGAUUAAGAGAAGAAGAGGCAAGAAAGAUAUCAGCUUCAGGGUACAAUAAUUGAGUAUGAGGUGGUGGAGCUAUUGCAGGGUAGAUGAGAUACAAUGGGAAAAGUUGGUGGAG